AUGUUUUGCCGGAAACUUCAGGAUAGUCAAGAACUUCAGGAUAGUCGAGAACAUUCGUCAAUCUUUAAAAAUGCCUUUCUAUUAGGGGCAAAAAAUGGGAUUCAAGAAAUAGUAGAAGAGAUCUUGGUGGUAUUUCCGGAUGCAAUUUCUUGUGUAGACAAAGAGAAGCAUUCUGCUCUCCAUCUUGCAGUCAUGUACCGUCGUGAACAUGUUUUCAAUUUCAUUAUUCAACAAAUGGGAGUGCGUAAAAAGUUAUUGUUGAAAGUAGACAAAGGAGGCAACAAUAUCUUGCACGUGGUUGGACGAAUGCCAUAUCAGCCACAACUUGAAGUUGUUUCUGGUGCAGUUUUACAAAUGCAGCGUGAAUUGCAGUGGUACAAGGAAGUAGAAAAGCUUGUGUCGGUGCAGGCAACAACAACAAUGAACCGUGGUAAACAGACACCUAUGAUGGUAUUUGAAGAGAACCAUCGUCGUAUGAUCCAAUCUGAAGAGCAAUGGAUUGUAAGCCUGGCAAGUGCAUGCAUUGUUUCAACAACAAUCAUUGGCACAAUAGCAUUUUCGGCAGCCAUUCAAGUGCCAGGGGGAAGCGAUGGUGAAGGCCACACAAUCUUAUAUGAGAAAAUGGACUUCACAAUAUUUGCCAUAUCAAAUGCAGUCGCUCUAUACUCGGCCAUCUCCACAUUCUUAAUCUUUUUAUCCAUUUUCACUACACGCUAUGCAGCAAUUGAUUUUCUAUAUUCCCUGCCUAAUAGAUUAAUAAUUGGACUGACUUCCCUAUUUGUCUCUAUAACAUCCACUAUUAUAGCUUUCAGUUCUGCCCUAUAUGUCAUCUUUGUCCAAGAAAACAAAUCUUUGAUUCUUCCUCCAGUGGUCAUAAUGUCCUUUGGACUAGUGACUCUGUUUGCUUUCUUACAAUUUCCCCUCCUCCUAAAUAUGAUGAAAACCACAUAUGGCCAGAGCAUGUUCAAGCUUUCAGAUGGAAGAAAUAGUCGAAAAGGCAUAAGAUUUUAA